CCCUACUUGACCAUUAAGGUAUAAAUAGCAGAGAAAUGACAAGCGUAUUCACUGCCGAGGACAGGACGCGAAUUGAUGACUUCCAUGCCCGCUUUGCCAAGCGCAUAGCCAGCUCCAGCGAGGGGAAAAGCGAUGCCGACAGCUAUCAGGAGGAGAAAUUUUGUGGGGCGCCUACUUGCGGUGCGCAGCUUGAGCGCGGCGAGGCGGCUGCGUGCGGGGCGUGCCGAACCACCUACUACUGCGGCCCCGAGUGCCAGCGCGAGGGCUGGAAGGCGGGCGGGCACAAGGCCGCCUGCAAGCUGCUGGCCGCCGCCCGCGCCCUGCCGCCGCCCAACGCCGACCGCUCCUACGUCGUGCAGCUCAAGCUGGUGGGCAAGCGCUGUCUGCAGGCCUGGGCCGAGGACCUGGAGGAGGCGGGCGAGGACGGCGGGCUGGCCGGCACGCACCGCGAGAUGGCGGCGGCGCUGCGGCCGCGGGAGCGGGUGCUGUACGCGCUGGAGGCGCGGCACCACGCCCUGCUGCGGUUUGAGAUCGUCCCGCCCGCCAAGCGCCUGCAGGCGUCAGACCUGGCACUGUUUGCACUCAAGGCUGUGCUGCAGCCCAUGUCGGACCUGCCGCUCCUGGCCAUGUCCGCCGCCGCCCCGCAGCGGCCCUACGCGCUGUGGCUGCCCGGCACCGGCCCCGACCGCCCCAUGGCGGUGGCAGUGGGGCGACUGCUGGCGGGCGCGGGGCUGGCCACCAGCGCCUGGUUUGUGGGCCCCGGCUUCUGUGCCGAGAUGCGGCUGGGCGACGGCGGGCGGGGUGUGGGCGACGACGAGCUGAUGCUGGACCUGCGCACCGAGCUGGACGUCGACUACUACACAGAGGACGACUCAGACCAGGAGGGGGAGGAGGAGGACGGAGAGGGUGCCGGCGCGGGUGCGGCAGCGGGCAACGCGGCAGCAGCAGGCGCGGCAGCAGCAGGCGCGGCAGCAGCAGGAGCGGCAGCAGCGGGCGGGGCAGCGGGAUCGGCAGCAGCGACAUCGACGGGGGGAUCGGCAGCGGGGCGGGCGGGGCCGUCUGGCAGGCUGCGUGUGCUGGUGGUGGCUGGGCUGCACGUGUUCGGACCCACCGCCAGCGAGGCCGAGGACCCCAUGCUGGGCGCCGUGGCGGCCGCACUGCGCGCAUCCGCCGGCGCCGAGCUGGUCGUGGCGCCCUUCCCGCGCCGCAAGCAGGCGGCGGCGCAGCGCGCGGCGGAGCAGCAGCUGCUGGAGCAGCUGACCGGCGGCGGCUUCGCCGCGUGUGUGGUGCUGGGGCUGGGUUCAGGCGACGACUUCAAACCGCGCACGCCCACGCACCCCUGGAGCGACGGCGGCGCCUGGAGGGAGGGGCUGGUGGGCUGGGUGCGCGGCGGCGGCGUGCUGGUGCUGCACGGCGAGCGCGCGGCGGCGGCCACUGCGAGGGCGUAUUUCGGGCUGGCCUGGACCAUGGAGGGCGACCACUACAGGAGGACGGACCACGUGCUUCACCCCGACUGCCCGCUGCUGGCCGGCGGCGGUCUGGCGGCGCGCCUGCCCGCGCACUACAACGUCAAGGCCUGCAUGCUGGGCGACGUGCCGCGCCCGCAGCGCGUGUACGCCACCGCCCCCGGCGCCCGGACCCACUCGCUGGUGCCGAGCAUGUCGGGCGAACGCGUGGAGGAGGGGCGCUGCGCACUGGCGGCGGCGGCGGUGGGCAGCGGCGCGGUGGUCUUCUUCGGGGAUGUGAACUGGGAGGCUGCCACGCUGCGGGCGGUGGCGGAGCUGGUCAAGCAGCUGGCGGCGGAGCGGGCGGCGGGCGGGCGGUGAGGGUGUGUGUGAGGGCGGAGGGGUGUGAGGAUGUGUGUGUGUGUGUGUGUGUGUGUGUGUGUGUGUGUGUGUGUGUGUGUGUGUGUGUGUGUGUGUUAAAGAGCACAAGGAAAACGUUGCGCAAAGACAGUGUAUGCGAUGCAGCAAAGCGACGGUUUACGGUGUGUGUGUGAGGGGAUGUAGGGGGGUGAGGGGGUGGGGCUCUGCUUUGCUUGCCCGGUUCGGAGCGCAUUGUUCAGACAAUGGCAAUGAUUGCGCUGCGAUUGGCGGCUGUGGAAGGCGCGUACGUGCACCACUGUGCCGCGUUCUUGCGCGGAUUGAGGACGGGAGUGGCUUGGUUGAGCGCGCGGCCUUUAUCAGGGUAGAUAGGGGCGGUUCAGCGGCUGGGCUCGAGCGCCAGGUGUGCCGAUGAGAAGGGACAGUCCGACCACUGCGAUGGGAAACCCCAUACCUGCAUGUAUCCAGUCGCCACGAAGAAGACCUUCAGUGCGUCGUACCGUGUGUUGUCCUCAGCUUCGCCACUGCCAUUUUUCGCGU